AUGGCGGAUCCAGAUCCAGAUCCUGAGAAGGGACUUGGAUGGCCGUCCACAACCGAUGCUGCGGCGUCAAACGGUGUCCUCGAGACUCCGGAAACAACAGCAACAGCACCUCAUUCCGUAAUCACACCAUACACCAUCUUCACCACCGGGCAGAAAGCCAUAAUUAUCACCCUCGUCUCAGUAGCAGCGACGUUCUCAGGCUUUGCGUCCAAUAUAUACUUCCCAGCCAUCCCCUCCCUCUCCGCAUCGCUCAGCGUGACACCAGAGCUAAUCAAUCUGACCGUAACAUCCUACAUGAUUCUGCAAGGGCUCUCUCCCAGCGUCUGGGGCGCGGUAGCUGACGUGCACGGCCGGCGCGUCACCUACAUAUUCACAUUCGUCAUCUUUAUUUCCGCUUGCAUCGGUCUGGCGGAGACGAACCGUUAUCACCAGCUGGUGAUUCUACGGUGUCUGCAGAGCGCGGGCAGCGCGAGCACGAUCGCCAUCGGUGCUGGCGUCGUGGGCGAUAUCACGACGAGAGAGGAGAGGGGCGGCUACAUGGGCGUUUACCAAGCGGGAUUGCUGGCCCCUGUUGCCAUUGGGCCAGUGCUGGGCGGGAUCUUCGCAGAGACGUUGGGGUGGCGAGCUAUCUUCUGGUUCCUGACCAUUUACGGCGGGGUGUUUCUGAUCAUCUUGGUCGUGGUGCUGCCGGAAACGUUGAGAUCCAUGGUUGGGAACGGGUCCCAGCCUGCGAAGGGACUUUCGAAUUCGUUGUUGUCGUGUAUCCAACGGCGACGGCAUCCACGAUCGGUGGAGGAGGAAGCGUUGGAGAGGUCCCCGACGGGAACUCCUGCCGGGAAAAAGAAGCUCCCGGUUGAUUUUCUAGGCCCUAUAAAAAUCAUCUUCAGCAUCGAGGUGACGUCUUCCAUCCUCUUUCUCUCCAUCUACUAUACCGUCUGGCAGAUGACCGUCACUGUCAUUUCGACACUAUUCGCACGCACCUAUGGAUUGUCCGAACUCCAGAUCGGGUUGACCUUUCUCGGCAACGGAGUUGGCUGCAUCGUGGGUACCCUGACGACGGGGAAAUUCCUCGAUGUCGAUUACGCGCGGUUCCAGAAGUCGUUCGCGGGCGACCCGGACGACUUCCCCCUGGAGAAGGCGAGGUUGAGAACGCUGUAUCUGUGGAGCGGGCUGCAAAUCUCGUCGGUGUUCGUGUUCGGGUGGACUUUGGACCAGGGCGUACACAUCGCGGUGCCGAUUAUCUGUACCUUCAUCCUCGGAUGGUCUGCGACGUCUAUCAUCGGAGUGGUAAGCACCUUCAUGGUGGAUAUAUACCCCAAGAAGAGCGCUAGCGCGACCGCAGCGGUGAAUCUGCUGCGAUGUCUGAUGGGAGCGGGAGGGACUGCUGCGGUCCUCCCGGUUGUGAACGCCAUCGGCUCUGGCUGGACAUUCACCACGCUGGUGGGUAUCCUGCUGCUGAGUUUAGGACUGGUAGUCUUGCAGAUGGGGAAAGGCCCGGCAUGGAGGAAACGAAGGGACAAGAAAGAAAAGGAAAAGAGAGGCAGAUAA